AUGGGGGCUCAAAAUUUUGUGGACAUCCAAGCCCUUAAAGACCUUCAUAUUUAUAAAGGUGUCUACAAGCUCUUCAAAAACAUUGGUUGGGAAGAUGAGUUUCAGUCAGGCACAGUAAAAGCUUCUAGGAUUAUUCAUCCAGUUCUGAAGGUCACCCACCAGAUUAUUGCUUCUCUCUUAUUUCCUCAAGAAGAGAUUAGCAAGGCGAACAAAAAAGAAUUAGAAGUUUUGUGGUGUAUGAUUAACAAGGCCGAGGAAGUCCCUCAUUUCGGGUGUUGGGUAGUUCAGAAAAUGCUCAAAAGUGCCUUGAGCAAUGAUGGGCAGCUUCAUUGUGGAGGCAUAGUUUCUAUUAUUGUUGAACAUCUUGGCCUCCAUUUACCCAACAAUCCAACAAAUAUAAUUCUGGGCCAUACUCGUUUGUCACUUGAUGUUAUGGAAAUCAUGCACCUCUUUCACCGCACUCCCAAUAGGGAUGUUCAUUGGACCCUCGAUGGCAAAGAAUAUCUACGCACCGACAUCCGAAAUAAGAAGGUAUUAGCCUUGGCCAAUGACAUCCCAUCUACACAUUGGCAUCUCCAAUCCAAUUUGGGUGUUACUGCAACCCGUAGACGUCCAACCACCACUCUUACCACUCCUACUCAACCUACAACUGUAGGUGCUUCCAGCUCGUCUCGCCUCAUUCCUUUCCCUGAACACAACCUUUACACGGGCGAGUUUGCAUGCUUAGACCAUCACUAUACGAGCCUCCAGCAAGAGUAG